CAAAGCUUUGUUGGGGCAUCCCCCCGCUCAUCUUCUUUAUUUGAAAAAUCCUGCGACUAUCUAGCAAAACCCUAAUUUAAAUCCUUCGUUCCUUGGCGUCAAAACCCUUUGUUACAAAUAGUUCUGAGGAUUGUAUCGUGUCGUACAAUACAAUGAUUCGUAGAUCAUCGACCAAGAAAACUGGGACAACAAAUCCUUCAGCUUCUGCUGAUCUCUCCCGAACGGCUCCAGGCAAAGCGGUUACCAAGGAGUUGGAACGAAUUGGCCAAUUAUUUAACUCAUAUGCAAAUAGGGCCACAAACAUGAUCGAGCCAGAAGGAAUUGAGGCGCUUUGUUCAGAUUUGGGAGUGGAUCAUACUGAUGUUAGGAUACUGAUGCUUGCGUGGAAGAUGAAAUCUGAAAAGCAGGGAUAUUUCACUCUGGAUGAAUGGCGGGUUGGCCUCAAAUCAUUACAUGCGGAUACGAUAGCCAAACUAAAAAAAGCACUCGCGGGUCUGGUGAACGAGGUCAGGAAACCAUCCAAUUUUUUGGAUUUCUAUUCGUAUGCCUUUCGAUACUGCUUAACAGAGGAGAAGCAAAAGAGUAUCGAUACAGAAAGCAUCUGUGAAUUGUUGGAUCUCGUCUUAGGUUCUCAAUUUUCUCCCCAAGUUAGUUCACUUGUUGAGUACCUUAAGUGUCAAAAUGAUUAUAAGGUUAUAAACAUGGACCAGUGGAUGGGCUUUUUUCGAUUUUGCAACGAGAUAAGCUUUCCAGACCUGAAGAACUAUGACCCAGACCUUGCUUGGCCCUUGAUCCUGGAUAAUUUUGUUGACUGGAUGAAAGUGCGGAAAAGGUAGCUGGUUUUCAACUUCUUUGGUGUGGCUAUGCGUUGCCAAAUAUGAUUGGUUUGGUAAUUCGAAAGCUGGGCUAGUGGAACUUCAUUCCUGCAUUUCAUACAAGGCACUGUUAGUGUCACAACUGUUCUUAUACAGCAAAACCUGCACUUCAGUUAUUUUGUCUUUGAUUUAUAUGCUUGCAGCUUGCGGUUCCUAGGAACUGUCUUCACAGGCAUUUAGCAGUUUUCUGUAAGGCCGGGCACUGUGUUACUAUUUUGUACUAGAAUAUUGAUAAUAGUUAAAACUGUUAACCUUUUAAGAUCACGUUCCAUAAAAUAGUCAUGCUUCCGGAAAAUCGCUUUCCAACCCUCUACAAUCACCGAGCAAACAGGGAAGCCAGUAAUCAAAAAAUAAUAUUGGAAGUUUGGUAACCAGUUGGAUGCAAAAGUCGAGCUUUGAAAUUUGGAAUCUGACAGUCUGCAGAAUUUGCAUGUAGUUUCAAGCUUUGGAUAUUGGUUGCACAAUUUGCAUGUAGUC